UGAGUGAAUAAGCGCUACUUGGCUAUUUUCCUUUCUUUGUUCUCUUAUUGUUUUCGCGUUAGUUGUGUGCGUUUGAGUAUCUUCAAAGAAAAUUGUGAAAACUUUAAUUUUCCAAUGAUGGAACAACCAGUGGAGGAGAAUAAACGUAAGGGGAGAGAUAUUCCUGAUAAUAACCACGAAGAAGAGGAGAGAAAUAACGUGGAAAAUGGCCAUGACAAAGAUCAAAGUGAUGCUUUACCUGAUGCGUUUGGUACUAAAUUGAUUUCUAACAAUGUUGUGGCGAGUAUGCCAACUGAGAAAUAUGCUACACAUUAUAAUAUGAAUCAUAAGAACCGCGGUUUGGCCUUAAUAUUUAACCAUGAAUUUUUCGAUAUCCAUAAUUUGAAACCAAGGACUGGGACCGAUCAAGACCGUAAAAAUUUGGAAGAUGUUUUGAGGAAACUUGGCUUUGAGGUCAUUGUGUUCCAGGAUUUGAGAUAUCACGAUAUUGAACGCCAAAUUAAACAGGCUGCCCGAUAUGAUCAUACCGACUCCGAUUGCUUGUGCAUUUCUGUUCUCACUCAUGGCGAUACUGGAAUUCUAUACGCAAGAGACACACAAUACAAACCUGAUAUACUUUGGAGUUAUUUUGCUGCCGAUCGAUGCCCUUCUCUAGCUGGUAAACCAAAAAUUUUCUUUUUGCAAGCUUGCCAAGGUGAUAAAUUGGACGGUGGCGUUAUUUUAUCACGAACUGAGACUGAUGGUCACCUUGAAAUUGAUUCGUACAGAAUUCCAGCACAAGCGGAUUUUCUUGUGGUUUAUUCAACUGUGAAAGGGUAUUAUUCCUGGCGUAACACUACUCGAGGAUCGUGGUUUAUUCAAGCCCUUUGUGAGGAGUUGAGAACCAGAGGAUUUGAUGUUGAUUUAGGCACAAUUUUGACUUUUGUUUCACAACGUGUGGCUUUCGAUUUUGAGAGUAACUGUCCUGAUUCACCAACGAUGCAUCAACAAAAACAAAUCCCUUGUGUCAUGAGUAUGCUGACAAGGUUGAUUCAGUUUACAAGGGUGAAAGAAGGAUUGGAAGAAAAUGAAACGCUCCAAAAACAAGAAAAACGUAAAAGUACAAUUAAGGGAUUAUUUACUAAGGGUAAAUAAAUGCGUAAUUACUUAAUUAAGUUUUUAGCAUGUUUUUGCACAAGUCUUUCAAAUUUUUGCAUAAGUAAAGUUAGGUCUAAAAAAAGAAAUUAUUAUUUUGUUGUAAACUAAGUACCCCAUUUUCACUUUUUACCAAGUUAUAGUUAUUUUGGCUGUUGAUAUCAUUCCAAAUGCACAAUAAAUGUAUGCAGUGCAAUUGUUUAAUUAUUUUUUAAGUAAAUGUUAUGCGUAGUAAGUGCCAAUUUAUGUGUUGUAAACUUAGUUGUGAAUAUAUAUUUUAAACCAGUCGUUAGCCGAGCACCAAUGACAACGUAUUUAGAAAAAUUUUGUUUGAGAUGUAUUUUAUUGGGGUAUUUUAAUUAAGGCAUAUAAAAAUAUCAUAGUUUAUUAGACAAUUGUUUAAUUCAAUUUUUACGUGCCAUUGUCUUUCAAAAAAGUGUCUUAAGGAAGUCAAGUAUGUUACUUAAUUGAAAUGGAACGACUACAGCUGUGUAUACAUUGCCAUUUUAAUAAUAUUGUAUUACUAUAAUAAUCAGUUGGUGUAUUUUUACAUGUAAAUGUUUUUAUAUUGUAUACACCUUUAUGUUUUACAAACGAAUAAAAGAUGUACAUUGUACUCGCA